UCUGGGGAAAAAGGAUACCUUCACAAGGAGAGAGAACUGUCGAUUCCUGCACAAAGGAGGCACCUCUCAGGUCCAGGAACGGUCAAAAUGGUGUUGACGGAUGUGUCCAAGCCUCAUCUCCAUGUCCUUGAUAGCCAUUAUGGCUACAACGAUGGUCUCAAGAAGCCGUUGGCACAUAACCCUUGUGAGGAUGAUAGUGAUGACGACAAGGUGGAUGAGCUUUCAGAAGAGGGGAAUGCAUCACUGAUGCGUGGCUUAAAGAAGAAACCCUGGAAAAGUUUUAGAGCCUCCCAACAUCAAUCAGCGGGGAUGGGGUGCAGAAGUGCCCGUGAAUGUCGGUACUCCUCCCUGCGAAACCGGCAGCAGCCGACAUUACGUUUCACAGAGGACGACUGUCCGAGUCCGUCGACAGCAAACAGGGAUCCCUGCGGAGGAAGGCCGACUAGGAGCAAAGGUUGGCAUAGGCUCCAUGUCCCAACCAGUGCCUGCAAAUCCAACAUAAGGCGUACUGGAGCAGAAAAGUUAGUGAACGCACCAGUGCAAGUCGGUAAGCGCUCCCUGAAGUCCGACAGGAUUACCAGCCAGAGGAAGAGAUUGAUUGACACCCUCAGUUCCCAAGCAGAGGUUAAUCGCCGCAGGUGCAAAGGGAAUGAUUGUCAAAUGGAGGGAAGAUAUGAUGGUGAAGAGAGACUGUUCAAAGGGCAUAGUGAUGAGUGGACACAGGAUGUUGUUGGAUGGGAUAAAGAAGAAGAGGAGGAGCAUCAUGAAGUGGAUAUCAAACUGAGGCGAAAGAUUUGGCAUCGAGUGGUGUCCAGGGAGUCUGAGAGAUGUUAUGAGGGUGAAGAGAGACAGUUCGUAGGGCGUGAUGAUGGGACUCAGUGGGCGGAUGACGCCGUUGGAUGGAAUGAAGAGGAGGCGGUGCAUUGCCAACGAGAUGCCCACAAACCAAGGGCAAAGAUGUGGGGGCGAGUCAGAGUCAUCCCCAAGGAGUCUGAGGGAGGGGAUCAGGGUCAUGAGAGAUGGUUGAAAAGGGGUGACGCCCAGUGGACGGAUGACAUUGCUUCACAGGAUGAGGGAGAGGAGGAGGAUCAUGAAGUGGAUGCGGAAGCUGGGCAAAAGAUGCGGCAGCGAGACAUCCACAAGGAUGUGGAUUAUGAGCCACGGGAUGAGGAUGAAGGGAGACCAUUCACAGGGUGUGACGAUGACAUUGUUGAGCGGGCAUGUGAUGCUGAUGCACGGGAUGAAGAAGAAGAGGAGGAGGAAGAGUGUGAGCAGCAGUUUGUUUCCUUGCCGAGAACGAAGAUCCGCCGCCGUCGAUUCGUCCCCAUGCACUCUGAUGGCGACCGGACAGCAUACCAUUGGAGAGACGAACACCAUGUCCGCAAGUCUGCCAGAAAGACUGUGAGAUCUUUUCGCCCACCCUACUUGGGAUCGGCUGAGGCAACCGUACAGCAAAAUGGUGGCUUAAGACGCGCAGGAUCCAUGAAGCCCGCAGGAGGUGAUUAUCAUUCAGAUCGUCAUACAACGGUAUUGAAUGAAUAUCACCCAGAUUCUUGUGCAAGGGGUCCAGUUGAGAGGGGGGAUGAAAUGGACCCCUCUAUCGACCAUUCAUCCUUUUCUGGCGGUGAAACUGCCAACCUUCGGUGGAAGACUGGACCCAGAUCCAAUCGCUACCAUGAGCCGCUGCAUGAGCCUAGAUUGAACAGUGUUGUUGACUCAGGCAGACCAUCACCACACCCUGUUGCUGAACUGCAUCUUCAAGGAAAGAAAAGACGAACAGCCAGAACUACUCAGCGCUUGGACGACUUGCAUGUAAGCGCCUCCGAUCAACUCGAGAGUGUCAAAAUCUGGCCAUCGCCUUUUCCACAUGGGCAUCCUCCGCAGCUGACUAAGCAAUCAAUCAAAGAUCCUAAGAGAUUCGGCUACCACUCGGACCCAAGCUCGAAUCCUGAUGUUCAAUUGGUAGGGGUAGGCCUUCCUAACCUUCCAAGGAGAGGAUAUGGAGGUCACAAGCCUGAGAUGAAGCUGAGAUCUAAAGCCAAAAAAACUUUCGACGACUCAGAGUGUGCACUGCCAGGUGUCUGUGGUGGUCAUGGGAAGUCGGUAAUCGGCGUACUCAACCAUGGAUCUUCUGCUGCGUCGCUUUGCAGUGGUCAUUCCCAUGAUGCAGCUUCUGACUCACAGAACAAGACAUGUCCUCCUCCUCCAUGCUCACACCCUCCCCAGGGGGAAGAGUCUCGCAGGAUGGACUCACGUCAACCACGCACCAAGAAGCAGUCAACCAGCAUCGAUCCGCGCCAGUGUAUCGUUAUCGAGAGCAAUAGCAGUGAUAAUGCUUGUGUUGCUCAGGACGAUGACGAUGAUGAUGAUGGUGAUGAUGAUGAUGAUGAGGCGAAUUGGGCGACCUUAUGCCACAGAAAAAUUAGAGGAGGCAAUGGUCGCAUCGAACGUAGAAUCACAAAAAGAAUGAAGCAACAGAAGGAAAAGGAGGGGGUAAAGGAGGAGGAGGAGGAGGAGGAGGAGGAGGAGGAGGAGGAAGAUGAACAACAUAAAACUUUCAAUGUGGAUGAUAAUGGCAAUCAGAGAGAGUAUCGAGGUAUAGGUAGGGAAGAGAGGCAUCAUUGUGCCGAAGGUUUUUUCGGUGAUGACUGCUCGAAAGAAGAUCAGGAUGUCAGAGUGCUCAGCAGCAUGAAGCAGCGAAGCCUCAACAUGGAAAUGAUCAGGACCAGGGAUCAAGAAGCUAGCAUCAAGGCUCUGACGGCGAAGGGUAAAGCUGCAGACAGACUUCAGUGGAGACGCAGAGUGGUUGAUGACCAGGCUGGUGGUGAUGGGGUGUUGAAAGGCACCCAAGCAAGUGCAGAGAGUACACCUCUGAGAACAGUGGGCAGCUAUGGUUCAGAUCCCAGCAGUGAGAGCUUGAGUGACUCAGACCCAGACUUCAAGCCAUUUGUUCUGCCUGAAGAUUGCAGGGAAGAUUCCAGUGAUCAAAGCCAUUUCUCCAGCCUCAGACGUCAAGCAACCGGUGUCCAAGCAACAGAUCCCGUCCGUGAUAAACGAGUGGAUAGAGAGAAGAUUCACAAGUCGAGAUCAUCACCUCGUGUGCUCAGGAAGCGGAAGUUGAAUGACAUAUCGACGGUGACGAGUUCAAUCAGAAAAACGCCCGGAAUUGGUAAUGGCAGCCAAAUCCAUGGUGGUGGACCUGCAGCAUCUUUCUUUGAGAAUCGCAGCAGCUGCUUCGAUUCACUCCACGUCACAGGCAUCGGCACAAUUGUCAAUGAAAGAACUGGGGUAAGAAGUUACAAACCAGGGCGAAGUGAAUCCAACAGCAACAGUUACUCCGCUCGUCCUUCAAAUUAUCCAUCACAUUCUAAAGGGUGGGCAAGUAGUGUCGUAGUGUCACUUCACUAAUCCGUGUGCAAGUGUGGCAUGAGUAAAACCUCCAUUUUCAU